UUCUCGCCCCGCCCCGUCCCCGCGCGCGCUGGCGGAGCGCGCGCCCCUCGUGCCCGGAAGCGCGGGCGGGCGGCGCGGCGAGCGUCGAGCGUGAAGCUUUGCUUACUGAGGUUUCUCGUGGUCAUGGAAGCGCUGCGCGGGGAGCGGGAUCGUGUCUAGCCUCUGCCUUUCCCGGAGAAGGCGGCCAUGGAAAAGAAGCCGCCCUCGUCCCGGAAGGAGGUGCCGUCCGUGUCGCCGGCGCUGCUGCUCGCGGCCGUCCUGCUCCUGAACGCCGUCCUCUACCUGGGCCUCAACAGGCUUUACGCCUCCUCGGGACGCGCCGAAACGGCCCCCGGUGUCUGCCCUUCCGGGUACUUCAGGCUGGCAGCGGGGAGGAACUGCUCCCCGUGGCUCUCCUGUGAGGCCAUCGGCAGCGAGGUCCGGAGGCUCAAGUGCGUCGGCGAAGGCGCUGUCAAGAAGGCCUUCCUUUCUGAGUAUAAGGAAAACAAAGUGGUUAUUUCACAGCUCACCAACUCAGAGCUGAAGGAGGACUUUCUCCAUGGACUGAAGAUGCUGAAAGCGCUUCAAAGCAAGUACGUUGUCCAGCUGCUUGGCUACUGUGAGCAGCAGUUCACAAUCCUCACCGAGUACCAUCCUCUAGGCUCCCUCAGGGGCCUGAAUGAAACUCUCCACAUCCCGAAGUACAAGGCCAUGAACACCUGGCAUCGCAGGCUGAUGCUUGCUAUAGACUACGUGAGUAUCAUUCAGUACCUGCACAGCAGCCCUCUGGGAACCUUAGUGAUGUGUGACUCAAAUGACCUGGAAAAGGUCCUUUCUCAGUAUCUCCUAACGAGUGACUUUCAUGUCCUGGUGAAUGAUUUGGACGCUUUGCCUUUUGUGAACAGGAGUGCCGGCAGGCUGGUGAAGUGCGGUCAUCGGGAGCUGCGAGGUGAUUUUGUAGCUCCUGAGCAGCGUUGGCCCUAUGGAGAAGAGGUGCCGUUUGAGGAUGACCUCAUGCCUCCCUAUGAUGAGAAAACGGACAUCUGGAAAAUCCCAGAUGUCACCAAUUUUUUCUUGGGCCACAUUGAAGGAAGUGACAUUGUGCGACUGCAUUUGUUUGAUAUCCACGCAGGCUGUAAAAAGACGGACCCAGCUGAAAGGCCUUCUGCCCAGCAGGUCUUAGACACUUACAGGAAAGUUUUAACUUUGCUGAUUCGGGAGGCAGCCAUGCCUGGUACUAGGGAAAUGUUAUAGUGGAUCAUGAGACAAACAACAUUCUGAAGUUCAUGUCAUGAGAAGAAAACAACUCAACUGAACUUGUACUUUUUGAUUAAAACAAAACCACCCAGUGCUGGAGUUGUGCAAGCUUCCCAUUGGCAUGUUUAGUCUAUUAUUGGAAGAGGAGGAGGGAGAGAAAUUAAGUUGUGUGGGUGUGGGGAGAAAUUUGUUCCUUAAGAAAUAAUAAAUUUUCUUUUGCAACCUUUACACAAAAUAUCUCUUAAAAAAAUACAGAAAAAGAGUUAAAAAAAAAAUAUUGGCCCACUUAAACUGAUUGGCGGAGGACAAGACCAUGGCAUGCCCCCCACAAGCUUUGUUCUGAUUCCUGUGGCUUUGGCUUAUCCACAAAGCCCUUGCCCACUUCCCCAUGGAGUAAAAGUAGUGGUCACUCAUCAAGGAGUGUCCCAGUUCACUUCAGGUGAACCCUGAAGCCAGAGCCCCAGCGGCAUUCUCUCCCCGCUGGAUGGGGCUCGGCUGGUUUUGGAGCUCUGCAGUCAUUGCGAUGUGGGCCCUGUGUCCCACACCAGCAAGUAUGUGGCCACUUUGUAAGUGAGCAGAUGAUGCAGAUCCCAAAGAAACUGCUUACAUACAUACGCUCUUGGUUUUCAAGGUUUUUUUUUUUUGCUCCAUGGUAUUCUCAGAUGGGCUCUUGAGAGAUAAAGCUGUGAAGCAGGAGUCUCCUGCUCUUUUUUAAUCCAUAAAAAUUCAGAGCACUUUGGAAGGGAGAUGAACUUUCUUGUUCACUUAUCCUUGCUGAGUGUCGUCAUGACUCAAUGGAAGGGAAGAGAACAAGAAACUAGAAGAGAAUGGGACUUCCUUCCACAGCAGUGAGUGUUAAAUGUGAGCUUUGGAAAAUAAACGCCCUGUAUUCAGAGCGUACAACUUUAUUUGGUCUGAAUUUAGAGCCCACUAAGCACAAAGAAAGGCUGCUUUUUUGUUCAGGGUAUACAGGAGGAAAGCUUUUGGUACCACCUAUAUGAAUGUUACAGCUUGGUACCAAGAGUCAGAGAGGAAGAAUAACGAUGCCUUAAUCCAGCAGUAGACUCUGUUUGGUGGGACUGGGGUGUACUUGUUCUCUUAGUGAAAAAAACAGGCAUAGUAUGAAUGAGACACAUGGACUCUACAUUAUGCACCUGAGGACUUUCUGUUCUGUGGACCGGGUCUUUGAAAGACCUCAGGGCCUGAGACAACUUCCAUGUUUUGACUUCAGAGGUAAUUUGUAAGCAUAGAAGUCUGUGAUCCUUUCUGCUGAAGAGUUUGGUUCUCUUCUUUGCUGUGCCAAUAUUACUCCUUACCUGAACAAGCUGUGUCAUGACUGCACUGAGAAUAUGCAGUCAGCUUGUAUAUAAUGUUCAAGCCCACAUGUGUCCUAUUGCUACCAAAAUUUUAUUACUAAUCGGAAAACGUCCCUGCAAAUGACUAAAUUCUUACUUGAUUUCAUACAAUGCCAGCAAGAGCCCUUUAAAGGGUGCUCAUUAUGGCUUUCCUUUCCCUAUGGGCAGUCCGUUUUCUUAAAUUAGCUGAUUUUUGCCCUUUUUCGCUUGUGUAGUCCUUCCUGGCAGCUUUCCUGCUUAGGUUGUCAGGAAGCAAAGCUCAGAAGUCAGGGUCUCUAGAAGAGAACAAUGAUUUGGUAUGCUUAGUGUUUGGGUUGGAUUUUGACUCAAAACUCCUUAAAAGAAGCCUGGGGAAAAAGAAUGCUCUCUGUGUUGUAAAAUCAUAUCAUCCAGCCUAUGAACCCUUGAGUUAUUAUUAUUAUUAGGGUUAGACUUCUACAGUUCCAGCAUGAGUCCAGGAUGUGGAACAGUUGGAAAAGCAUCAUGUUACAGCUUCUCAAAGCCAGGGAUCAAGCUUGGAAGGGCCAAGAGUCAAAUUUUUCACGUGUCCCUAGCAAUAACUUGUUACCUUUUGUUAACUGUCAUGUAUACUUGAAAGAAAAAUGAGUAUCUGAUGGCUGUGAAGUAAACAUCCUGUGUUUUUUAUGAGAAUAGCAAAGACACAGAAGAACCUGCCAAGCUUCUUAUGCUGGUCUCUGUCAGCUAAGACAAUCUUCUGCUUGGAUUCUUGCUCUGUUGUGUACAGUUGCACCUUGCAAACAGCCAUACUGAUUUCACAGAGUGUAAAACAAAUGAGGACAAAUUAUUUUGAAUUAUUACCUUGCCAUGGAGAGGUCUCUCUCUGUUCCUGGCUGAAAUAGUUACAAUAUUUUUAAGAAAAGGUAUCUACCUAAACAUUCACCCUGAGCACUGGGCCCUCAGCAUGUCUUUUCCCUGUUCCCUCUCCUUCAGCUUGUAUGUGGUUGGGCGUUGUAUUUCAGGAAGAAUAAAUUAUAUUUGUUCUGAAUACAGCAUUAUGGAGCUUCACAGUUUCUUUCUGGGGAUGUUGUUUCCGUCUAUGAAGAAACACUAGAUGGCAGCAUGACGGUCGGCUUUCCACUGGUUAUUAGCAAUUGCAGUCUCUCAUGUCCAAACAUAGCUGGGAUCUGACAGAGGAGCCAGUUUUGUUAGCAAACUUCCAUAAACCCCUAAAAUGUGUCAUUGUGUUUGGAUCAGCGAAUCUGUAGUAACAACACAUAGAAAUAAGGGCUGUCAGAAGAGCCUUUUCUGCCGGUUGAAGAGUCUGCCUCCGCUUUAACUUGCUUGUGAUAUUUGUAUACAUCAUUGUCCCUUUUAAUCUCAACCAGAGGCAACCUCAACAAAGUUUAAGUGUCACCUCAUUCUAGUCUUUCAGUAAAAUCAGAGGACUUUGCAUCCUCUUCAUCUUUCUGUUUUUCCCCACUAAUCCCUUCCACAAUCUCAAGAUUUCAUUAAUUCUGUCCUUCCCACAUUUCCAGCUUCUUUUUCCUUAAAGGGAAGGUGCAAGGCCUCACAGAGAGGGAAGAAGAGGGACAAUAGCCCUAAAAGCUGUUGCCUCCCCUCUUUCCAAUAUCUCUGCUGGGCAUUCCAGUUUUCAUCACCAAUGACAGCCUUGGAUAAACUUUUGGGGGCUUUGCUGCCUCAGUACAAACAGUUCUUAUAUGUCUGGUGGAAAACAUCAAAGGAUGAAGGGCAGGAAGAGGUCUCUCCACAGCUGAAGUCUGCAAAGCCUUCCUCAUCCAUUUCCCAGCUAGGUCUAGAGCAGUGGACUUGAACUCCUCUGCCAAGACCACCGCCACAGGUCUGCCUAACCUCAACAACAGUUGCUGGUUCUCAUAUGAAGUUCAAAAGGAAGGCCUCACAUUUCCUGUCCUUUCCCAUAAAAGAUGCUUCUUCUGGGAUGGUUAUUGGCAGGUUUCCUUCGGAAAACUUCAGAGGAGUCUCCCCAGCCAUCCUGGGUGGUCAGUGUCAAGGCAAAUAUAGUCCCAGGGCUUUUUUCUGCUGCCAUCACCAAGAUGAAGGCCUUGGAUCUGGUCCUGUGUGCAGGGUUUGCUGAGGUCAAUGAUCUGCAUCACCUUGCCUUUAUCUUUUGGGAAAUGCCUCUUCUGCCAUCCCUGCAACGGUCCCACAGCACAUUCUGCCCACCUCAUCUGACCAGCUAAGCAAAGAAAUAAAGCAGAGACCAUCUUCGGGACUCAAGAAACAGCACCUGGUUCCCAGACUGAACACCCCUGGGACAGGGCUGGGACAGCAAUGGAGGAGUCAGGGAAACUUAGGACAUGCCAGCUGAGCCUGUUGACAGUCUGGCUGUGAGUGCCAACUGUGUCAGGGCACCUGGACCCCCUUGGUCCGAUGCUGUUGCCAAAGCAAAUUCCCAGAGGAUUUCUCAAUAAAUUUAGCCCUUACUAGGUGGGUUUGUACUACAGGAUACAGAAUGGAAAUAGACUGAGAGCAGAGUCCCAGAUUCAGUUCAAACCCAUUGCUCCUUGCUUUUUCUCCUUAGAGUUAUCCAAACAAUAGCAUUGCUAAGUGCUAUUUUCCCUUCCCAAACGGCGUUGCUGGCUGUGGGCUUCUAGGUGGCUGAAAUCUGAUGUAGCGAGUUUCCCUUUGUGUGCCAUGGGUUUUCAACUAUAUCCUGAUGGCUAUAAACUGGAGAGGAACAGUUUUAGACUAGACAUGAGGAAUUUCUUCACCAUGAGAGUGGUGAGGCACUGGAACAGGUUUGCCCAAGGAAGUUGUGGAUUCCUCAUCCCUGGAGGUGUUCAAGCCCAGGUUCGAUGGAGCCUUGGGCAGCCUGAUCUUGUGGGAGGUGUCCCUGCCCAUGGCAGGGGGGUUAGAAUUGGAUGAUCUUUAAGGUCCCUUCCAACCCAAACUAUUCUAGGAUUAUAUGAGUAUAUGAUUCUAAAAGCACUCCUAUAACACUGAAUCCUGUACAGGUGAGCAGCCUUUAUGGUGACUCAUCUGUAUGUUCAACACUAUCAGAUGUAAAAGGUGUUGCAUGCAUAUCCACACCAGCUGCUCUGUAGGUCUUGGUAAACCCAAGAAAUAAAAUGGACACAAUCUAUUUCAUUGAACAGGGUGAGUUUUUUCUUUUCUGGAGAGUACUUUUAAAGUCCAUGUUACUCUGUAUUUAACAGAGCGGUCACUGUUAGGUGUAUGAGAAGUGUAGAACAGCACACAAACCUUUUGAAAUUCUGUCAGAAGCUCUAAACCAAUAUUUUCCUUUGGUGCCAUAUAAACAAAAUAUCAGAUCAUUGUCUUUGUGAAACAGAGGCAGUGCUGUUUGCCAGAUAUAAUUUGUGAGAUAUUUGGCAGAAUUUGCAACUGUAAACCAAUUCUAUCAUUAUGACUGUAAUGUCUUACCAACAGUCAAGAG